UUUAAUAAUUUCAACUGACCAAGCCUGUCCUUUGGUUUGCACUAAGCCUUCUGUUCACACAGUUGACUGACCAGACAAAGGGAAUAUCUGCUUCACUGAUGAUCUGAAAUAUACUAUCGUAGAAAUUACAAUAUGUUGGAGAUGCUUGAAUACAGUCAUUACCAGGUGCAGACCCACCUGGAAAACCCAACCAAGUACCACAUCCAGCAGGCCCAGAGGCAGCAGGUGAGGCAGUACCUAUCUACCACACUCGGGGGAAAGCCUGGGAGUCAGGCAGGCAGCUUGCAGUGCCCCAGCCAACCCCCGGAGCACGGUAUGCCCCCCGGCCCAGGUAGCAGUGCCCCCAACAGCCCCAUGGCCCUACUGACCUUGAGCUCCAACUGUGAGAAGGAGAUGGAUGAUGUCAUUGAUGACAUUAUUAGCUUGGAAACAAGUUAUAAUGAUGAUAUUCUUGGACUUAUGGAUCCUGGACUUCAAAUUACUAAUACGCUUCCUGUAUCUGGUAACCUUCUGGACAUGUAUGGAAACCAAGGACUUCCCCCACCUGGACUUGCCAUCAGUAACUCUUGCCCUGGUAACUUGUCUAACAUCAAAAGGGAAUUCUCAGCUCCUGGCAUGAUACACCUACUGGACAAGACUGGAUCCUGUGGCCAGUUUGACAACUACCAAAGGCCUGAGGGCUUUCCAGUAGAAGCUGAGGUCCGAGCAAUGGCCAAGGAAAGACAGAAAAAGGACAACCACAACUUAAUUGAACGGAGAAGGAGGUUCAACAUCAAUGACAGAAUCAAAGAGCUUGGAACUUUGAUUCCCAAGUCAAAUGAUCCGGACAUGCGCUGGAAUAAGGGCACCAUUCUGAAGGCCUCAGUUGACUACAUCAGGAAACUACAGAGGGAGCAGCAGAGAGCCAAGGAGCUGGAGCUUAGACAGAGGAGGCUGGAGAACGCAAACCGCCAUCUGAUGCUGCGCAUACAGGAGUUGGAGAUGCAAGCUCGGGCUCACGGUCUUGCGGUUUUGCCCUCGUCUUCCCUCUGCUCCUCUGAGCUGAUGGCCCGAGCUAUCAAGCAGGAGCCCGUCCUAGGGGACUGUCCAUCAGACCUGUACCAGCAGUCGGGUCCCAACAUGUCCCCUCCCACCACACUGGACCUGAACAACGGCACCAUCCACUUCAACAACAGCCCGUUGGGUGCCGGGGACCCAGGGGCCUACAGCUCCAGCAAGGCCUCCGGUAAACUCAAGGACAUUCUAAUGGACAACACCCUGUCACCCAUAUCCUCCAACGACCCCCUUCUGUCCUCAGUGUCCCCAGACACUUCCAACAGCAGCAGCAGGCGUAGCAGCAGCUCUGGCAUGGAGGAGAAUGAUCGUGGUUGUUAGCUGCAGCGCCCACUAGCUCAAAUCACACUGACAUUUGAUACUGUGUCCGGUUGCCUGUGAAAUUCUAAACAUCCACUGCACAGCCUUUACAUUUUCCUUUCUGUACAUUGAAUCUAAAAGGAAUACAAUUGGAUUUUUAUGUACGUUCUAAAGAUGCACACUACUCACUCCAUAUUUUCAAAGUGAAAGAAAAAUAAUCGAACAUUUUCUAAAUUACAACAAAAUGCUAUUUGAGGUGUUGAUUGUGUCUUCACACAACGUGAUGUCCUCAAACCCAAGAGUUAUAUUGCGGUCAAAGCACCUUUUACAGCCAUACAUUACAUAUUUCACUUACUUUUGGAUUGGAAAUAAUUUGUGACUGUAAUGUUCAAACAUUUUCUCAAGUUUCUUACAGCAAAUUGAAGUCAGGAUGGGGCCUAGACCAUUAAAGGAAGCAUCUCUUGGAAACCCAUCGGUUAAGAUCUGGCAAGAAACUUGGCAUAAUUGUACUUAAUUGUAUCCUAGGGUAAGCUUUAUAUAAGACUGAUACAGGUUUUUAUUCAUCUUUUUAUAUGGGUUUCUUCUUCAACCUCUUAAGCUUCAGGUUUUGCUUAAAUUCAUUACAACACAACACUGUUUCAUUUUUAAGUAUGCAUCAUGCAUCAUGCAUCAUUUGGGUAUGUGUGACUUCAACACAGAUUUUCUUCUUGUGUAAAAGGGGGAAAGAGGUAAAGUCCAUGUAAAUGUUAAACGAAAUCCUACCUAUUUUUUUGGUUUUACUUUUCAGCAACAAUAACACAAAUGUUCAUGCCAAAGACACCAUCAUUGCUUUCUAAAGAGGUAUUUAUAAAAACAACACCACCAACUCAGCAUUGUGGUCAAGGUAUUUAGGAGUAGCAUUCCAAUCAUCCCAUCUUGUCCUCUGAGUGACAUUUAUGUUGUGCAAUGUGGAAGUAGUUCUGUUUUUGGCACUGGUUUCAACUUUUAGCCUGGGCCACUUCUUGGUAUCACCUUGUCAGAUGUAAGUUGACACCCAGCAGCUUUUUGGAGAUCUGAAGUGCAGAGUCCAUCUUGCAAAGAUCAUUUGCAUUCUGGAAGAUUUUUAAGAAAUGUUCAGUGACUCAAGGGAAAGUAAACAAAGUAUCUUCCUUACAGUAAAAUGUUCUGUUGGAAUGUUCCUAGGAGUACAACAUCAGGGAGACUUUAACCAUUUUAUGUUCUGCAUGGCAGAUCUGUGGUGUUUUUAUAUUAAAGAAAUUAAAAAUUUGAUCAAAUUCUACAGCAUUCAAAUUUCAUACAGCAACGUUUUGAACGUUCUCUUGAAGAUGCCUAACUCAAAAUAAGGCAAAAUAAGCAUUGUCAUGAUUGUGAUAUUGCAUGGAAGACUUUAAAUGGAGUAUAAAUGUAGCUAGCUAGUGAGGAUUAAGUGUAUAGCAAUGGAUUUUACCUAGCAAACAUCUGCAUUGAUUGUUAUUCUUGACACACUUUGCCAUGUGUCUAAAUAAGUACACUUUCCAAUUUCAUAAUGACUGCGAAGUUGCUAAUGUAACUCCCGUAAAUAAGAUAAAGCAGUAGUAACUGGUACAAGUAAAAAUGAGUAGUAAUAGUAGCAAUUAGAGUAGUGGGUAUUAGUACUAGUAAGGGUAGAAGGAAUAGUACACUAACUGUAAUGAAUAGUUGCAGAAAUAGUAGUAGCAGUAAUUGUUGCAGUGGUAGUAGGAGUAGUAGUAGGCGCAAUAGUAGUGAUACUAGUAGCAAUAGCAUCAGUUGUGGUUGUAGUAGUAGUAUUAGUAAGGGCAGAAGGAGUAAUACAUUGACUGUAAUGAAUAGCCAUGGAAAUAAUAGUCGAAAUAGCCUUUAAGGGAAAUUGAUAUAGAUGUAGGGCAUGGGUUCACUGUUGUUUGUACUAAGAGUUUAUAUAGCAAUGUACUUAAAAAGCAAUGCAUCUUGAUCCAAACUACUUUUGAUCAUCCCUGAACUCAAACAAACAGCUUUAAUGUUUGAUGGAUUUUAUAAUGAAAACAGUACUAAUUAACUUUUUGCCAAAGUGGUUGGAAUAUGGGGCAAAACAGCAGUUGUUACUAAAAAGUUUAAAAUCAAUGUUGCAGAUUAUGAUUAAUAAAACAGGUGUUGGUUUUCAAUAGUAAUAGCCAUUUAUGUUCAGAUUUCAUUUUUGGUUGUACAUCAUUGUAAAGAAUUCUAAUGGCUGUCAAAGGUGCCUUUAGCAAAUAAUACAUCUGGGAGGUUAAAAAACUGCAGUCAAGAAAUCUGUUUUAUUGUUUAAAACACAUGGAGUAGGAUGUGUGGUUCUUUAGUGUGAAAAAAGUCAGUGUAAUCACUUUAAAGUGAUUUAAGGCAGCAAAAGAGGUAUGUGAAUGUUAUCCACAGUAGAAGCAUUUUUUACACUGGGAACUACAUUAGGUGCUGCUAUGGCCUAUUUCAUGAGAUCAUUCCCUUUUAGCAUCUGAUGCUUUACUCUGUAUGCAGAGGAUAAAGACAUUGGGAAUGUUUUGUCUUUUGUUUAUGUCUGUUUUACAUAAUCAUUGUUGCUUUCUGGAUCCAAAUCUGAUUGUUCAGAUUAGGCAACUUAAUAUGACUGAGGACAUACUGUAAGAUUCAAUUUUUAUGAGUGAGUUCUUUGAUAGGAAGUGCAAAAUAACAUGAGAUUUUAUUAUAUGUAAUAUUUGAUAUUUUUUCAUAUAAUAUUUGUUAAAUACAGUU